AUGCCAGUGUUGUGCUCUUGCUGUCAGUUGUUGGUAGGAAUUGAAAAACUUGCCAAAGGCACUCAAAUUCAAAGAAAAGAUAUGUUUUAUGAUCUGGAAUCAUCACUUUCGACAGGCUUUCCAAGAAAACAUAUUCUAAAUACUUUGAAGCCUAGUGCAGCUGGUUCACUUAUUCUCCUCCAAAAAUUAUUUGGAUUUUCUAAUAUAGAUCUUGACACCAAGUCAAACACGUGCUCACAUGACAGUUCUCUCUGUCCCGGUGGAUCCACAUGCCUGUACCACUCCAUGAUUCACUUGCUUAAGACCCUAAUUCGCAAGAAGCAAUGUUGCCAGUAUUCGAGAUUACUGGAUAAGCAUUGUCCUCCUCCUACAUCAGUUCGAGAUGCUUCGGGGAAUGCUCACUCCAUAUCAGAGGGGUUUGAAUUUGUUGAUAAGCUACCCAGAUAUGACUUGAAGUGUCAUGAAAAUAAGUUGGAAAGAAAUUUUACUGAGUUUGAGGAACUGAAGUCAUAUUGUUCAAAGAGCCAGGUCGUGGCAUUCAUAUGGGCUGUUUGUAGGAGUAUAGUUCCUGUAGAACUAUUAGGUGCUCCUAUUAAUUGGAGAAAAUUGAGGAGAAACAUUUACAAAUUCAUUGAACUGCGGAGAUUUGAGCAAUUUUCUCUGAAGCAAUGUAUGCAUAAGUUACAAGCAGUAAGUUUUAUGUUUCUAUUCAAGUAUCUUUCUAUUCGAUCCAAUGAUCAGGUGCUUCAGUAUGCUGUAGGGGAGAAUAUAGACAUAUAUAGAAAUGGAAGCAAUGAACUGAAUAAAAUGAUGUCAAUCCUGAGACAUACACUUCUCGAAAGAUGGAUUUACUGGUUCUUUUCAUGUCUAGUUGUUCCACUGGUGCAGGCCAACUUUUAUGUCACUGAAAGUGAACAUGGAAAGCAGGAUGUGUUUUAUUUUCGGAAGUCAAUAUGGGAGAGUUUGUCAAGCAGAGUUAUGAGUCACUUGAAAGAUAAGAGCUACACUUGCUUGAGUGAUGGGUCUGUUAGAAGGAUUUUGGGCAGAAGAUCUUUUGGUUUCUCAAAGCUUAGAUUUCGUCCAAAAGAAAAUGGUUUGAGGAUGCUUGCAAACCUUAAAGCUUCAUCUUCUAUUCCAGCAAGGAAGUCACAUUACAAUGAUCAAUGUUGCCAAACUUUGAAUAGCAGGCAGUUUCAGGAAAAAGCAGUUAAGUUUAAACAUUUCAGAUCUGCGAAUAGUGUUCUCCGUGAUAUGCACACUGUUUUGAAAAGUUUGAAGGUUGAAGAAUCAGAAAAGUUAGGGUCAUCAGUAUUUGACUACAACGAUGUUUACAGAAAGCUUUGCCCUUUUUUGGUUGGUAUGAAGAAUGGUGCAACAAAGUUACCUGAUAUGUUCAUUGUAGUGUCUGAUGUAUCCAAAGCAUUCGACUCUAUCAACCAAGAUAAGCUAUUAAGCAUAUUGCAAGAUGUAAUAACAGAACCUGCUUAUCUUUUGGAGGAGUCUUCUGAAAUUGUCCUCAGAAAGAAAGCGUUGUGGGUUCAUCAUAAUCUAAAUUUGGUUGGAGAACAUGUUCGCACUCGACCAAGAAGAUUGGCUCCCUGUUUCUUCUCCAGCUCAUUACAUGGUGUUCUUACAAACCAGGAAAGCAGGUUUGUAAAACGAGAAGAGCUCUUUUUUAAUCUAAUCGAGCAUGUGAAGCGCAAUGUCCUACAAUUUGACAAAAACUUCUAUCUACAAGGUGUUGGUAUCCCUCAAGGAAGUAUUAUAUCCUCUCUUCUUUGCUCAUUGUACUAUGGGCAUCUUGAACGAAGUGGUUUUCCUUUCCUGGAAAAGGCUCCUGAAUCUGCCACUGAUGGUUUUUCUACCAGACAAAGUUGUCAGGGUAUUUCUGGUUCUGAGGCAGUUACUAUCUUGGAGAUGGAUAAUUUACCCCAUCCUAAUUUUCUGCUUCUCAGAUUUAUUGAUGACAUUCUUUUUAUAUCGACCUCAAAAGACAGGCCGCUGUUUUUCUUGAGGCUCAAAAGAGGAUUUCGGGAUUAUAAUUGCAUUAUGAAUGAGGAGAAGUUCUCUUUGAAUUUUGAUGUUGGUACCCACUCCGAGUCAAGGAUUCAAUCUCACAGGGUUUUCAUUGAUGGAAGUGGUAAUUCAUUUCUGCGAUGGAGUGGCCUGCUUUUAAACUGUGCCAGUUUAGAGGUUCAGGCAGAUUACACAAGGUAUCAAAAAACCCAUCUGCGUUCUGCUCUUGCUGUCCGUUGGCAAGGAAAACCUGGUUCUUAUUUGAAGACUAAGUUAUGCGAUUUUCUGAGGCCUAAAUGCCAUCCUAUAUUUUUCGAUUCGAAUAUUAAUUCAGCAGCUGUCGUCAGAUUAAAUAUCUAUCAGGUUUUUCUGCUCUGUGCCAUGAAGUUCCAUUGCUAUGUCCGAGAUUUAUCAUACAUUUGCAAGAUUAAGGCGAGUUCAUAUAUGAAGAUGAUUGAGACGUCUUUCAGGCACAUGUUCUGUCUGAUAAAGAAGAGGAUGCGCACGGUGCAUCUCGGUCCUUCUCUUCGCUCGGUUCUUCAGCUGGAGGAGGGAGAAGUCGAGUGGCUUGGCUUUGUCGCUUACAUCCGGGUGCUGGAGAGAAAGCAGUCAAGGCAUAAGGACUUGCUACUCUAUCUGAAGUCCAAGUUUUCCAAACACCGGAAAUCGAACGUAUCGCCUCAACUGAAGUAUGCAGUUGAUGGAUCACAUUCAUCCUCAUUGUGGAAAAUUGAGUAUUAGGUUCUUCUAGGUGAAAAUAUCCCCUUAGUCCAAUGGCGUGCAAUCCAAUUUCAAGUUGCUUUUCAUUUGACUGUUCUUCCAAUUGCCAUUUUUUUCUCCAUCUGUGAUGAUGAACCGUACCACACGCUUCCCUCUACUUUGGUGAACUAAAAGUGGAUGGCUGUGAAAUCCACUGAAGCAAAGAUGGACGCAGAGGAGUGAGCCAUUGUAAUAAUUUUCAAAUUCCAGGUGGCAACGAGUGAUGACUUCUGAGGAUUACACCAACUUUGAUUCCUAAGUGAACGAAACAAAUACAUGUAUAUUUUAAUAAAUCAAAUACAUGUCUUAACUGUUGCUUUGGAGAUCA